AUUCCAUACCUGUUUAAGGUUAAAAAAACAUCUUACAAUUUAAAUUUUUUAUUUAUUUAAACAAUGUCCUCUACAGUGGACAUAAGUCAAUGGGCUGGGUCUCAGCAGGAUAAAGUAGAACAGAAAUCAGAUACUGGCUCUUAUGGUCUUUUAUCUUUAAGUGAAUCUGAUUGCAGCAUCUUUUCCCUCACAUGUAUGACUUUUCAUGAGAGUAGUAGGGUUAAGAAUUAACCCCGGAGGCUGGUGUAUCUCCUGGAGCCUCAGUGUUCGUAUAUAUAAGGAAGUGACUCCUCUCUCGAGCACCAGAGUGUUUGUGGCUGCCUUACAACAGGGAGCGGGGAAACCAAAAGUAUGAGAUUCUUAGUAUUGUUACCGUGCUUCCUGGCAGGCUGCCUGGCUCAGACGCCUCACCCAUGCUCAAGUCCUCCUCUCCUGAGCGGAGCCCUCACUAUAACCACACAGAAUGAAAAGCUGUGGAGUUAUGCCAAAUACCUGUACGAUGCGAUUGGACAACGGGUCCGGAUCAUGGAGCUGGGCACUUAUGAGAAUAAGUCAUUCAACUACGACGCUCUUCUGCUCUACAAAGAGGCUACCAUGUAUGAGAUCAACGAUGUUGACCGUACAUGCAAGAAAAAGCCUCUGAAGGCAGACUUCCAGCCUAUGGCAAUCCCAAAAAAUGCCUCUCUGCUGGCCCAGUCUGUUCUGGGCAGCUCGUCUGGACCUGGACAAGGACUCCUGGUCAACAGUUGGGUUGGAGACCUGCCAGACAAAUCAGGAAAGUACAUGAGCACAGUCACUGAAUUCGGUUGCAUCCCUGUGAGCAGUAUUUACCAGACGAAGGAGUAUGGAUGGUUGGUGACAAGCUUCUUCAACAACGUCAUUGGGAUAGAGGACCCCGGGCAGCUCACCCCUCCAGGAUUCUGCCAGGAUGCAGAGCUGAAUGCUGACAGCGAAGAAGAGCCUGUAGACUUCUUCAGAGUGUUCCUCAAAAAGCAUUGAGGCUUUCAGCACAGCAUUCCUUUAACCAAUGAUUUUCCAAUUGAACAAGUAGAGCUGCUGAAUCACGGCUUUGUUAGGUGGUAUACAUCACACCUACUCCUGCUAAUAACGUCUUUUUCCAAGCAUCUUGAGCUGAGUAUCUCAGACCAAAUUUAGCAGAAUUUGCCAUAUUUUUAAUUUCUUUCUUUUGUUGUGUUUUUGGUUAUUUUUACAUACACUACCCAACUUAAAGCGGCAUUUAUGAAUGUUUUCAUAGUGACAAUGGGUCCAAAAAACACCCUCUUUCUAUCAAUAUGCUGAUGUGUGACCAUGUGUACCAUGUAUGAACAGCAUUGUACUAGAAGGGCAAAAAAGAAUGCAUGACAGGAAGAAUCUUCAUCUUACAUACUAUCAAUUUCCCAAGUACCCAGUGAAAACAGGAACAUGAACUAACAUGACUUUAUAAUUUCAGAAAUUGUACCUGCAUUUGUAGAAAACUUGUUAAAGUUGAUUUUUAAUACAGUGCAACAUGAAUAAAAAGCAUCUUUGUGAUGAGAGAAGUUA